CUUGAGCAAUGCUAGUUAUCAGAAAUGAAAACCUCUUUGUUAACUACAGUUCAUUGUGUUGAGAAACCUCUUUGUAUUCUUGGUGCGGACCGCAAGUUCUCUUUUUCAGCUGCCAUAUUGGCGAUUCGUACGAGACUUAGCUGUUUAAACAAUGGCUCCACGUAAGGGAAAGCAGCAACAAGAACAAGUCCAAGUUUCCUUGGGACCUCAAGUCAGGGACGGGGAAACUGUAUUUGGAGUAGCUCACAUCUUUGCUAGUUUCAAUGAUACAUUUGUCCAUGUCACAGAUUUGUCUGGAAAGGAAACUAUUGCUCGAGUUACAGGAGGCAUGAAGGUAAAGGCAGAUCGUGAUGAAGCAUCCCCCUACGCUGCUAUGUUGGCAGCUCAGGAUGUUGCUGAAAAGUGCAAGACACUUGGAAUCACAGCUCUGCAUAUCAAGCUGCGUGCCACCGGAGGAAACAAGACCAAGACUCCAGGACCAGGCGCCCAGUCCGCUCUGAGGGCUCUUGCACGUAGUGCUAUGAAGAUCGGCAGAAUUGAAGAUGUUACUCCCAUUCCUUCCGAUUCCACCAGGAGAAAGGGAGGUCGUAGGGGACGUCGUUUGUAAACUGGAGUUGUAUACAUUCAUUUAUUCCUACAUUUUAUUUUGUUUUUACUAAAAAUAAUUUUAAACAAUAAACUGGAUGUGUACCUAAAUUAGUGU